AUGGCGCCUUACACUGCGGACAAGUAUGGCCCCAAGACACCCAAGAUAUUCGGCCACAAACCUACCAUGGACGCAUUUGACUCCAUCGUCCUGAUCAAAGUCGGGCCCGGAAAGCAAGUUUUCCAUAUCCACAAAAAGCUACUGUGCGACAACUCCACGUACUUCCAUGCCGCAAUCAACGGAAGCUUCAAAGAAGCCAAAGAUCAGUCAAUCGAGAUGCCCGAGGACGAUCCUGGAGUAUUUCGCCACUUUCAAUACUGGACCUACACCGGGAACAUUGUGCCGGAGGCUCAGGGAGCUCAGGAAGCCAAGACUAUUCAAUGGAACAUUCUGACCAGCCUCUACGCCUUCGCAGAAGCACGAGAUAUUCCUCUACUUCAGAAUGCCACCAUUGAUCUUGCAAUUCUCAGACUCCAAGCUGAACACCGCAUGCCUGUGGAAUUGUUACUCGACAUCUAUGAGAACACCUCGGAGAACUCGCGUUUGCGAAUUUUAUUUGUUGAUUUUGCUGCACACAGGGGGACCAUAAGGAAAGGCUGGUUCGGAGGUCGAUGCCCUAUCGAGUUCUUGAUUGAUUUGGCUGUCGCCCAACAUGCUAGGACCAGCGGCAGCGUCUCCGAUAUUGCAAAUUUCUGGAAAAGCCGUGCCAACUAUCAUGUUGAGGUUCCUGUGGCUUUAUCAAACAAGGACAAGAGCGAGCAAGAUUAG